AUGGAUAACCGUGGGGGCUUCUUCUUUUUCGUUGUUGCAGUCUACAUCCUGCUCAGCUCAUCGAACCGGGCUCCGUUGAUCGAUCAGACCGGCGAACGCGAAGCACGACUUGCCCACGAGGCAAAUGCGACCAGAUGGCUCAAUGAUUCUGUAUACGACGAUCUCGAUCCCCAGGCGGACAAAUGGCUUCCGAUAGCAGGAUUGAGACAGAAUGAUAGCUAUUCCUGGGACCUGUUGCCGCAGGCACAACAAAUAGCAAGGCGAAAUAUACGUUCUGCUCUAAAGAGCGGAGGUUUCCAGAGCCCACCGGAGUUGGAAUUGCCAGAUCAAGCGCCAUCCGUUAACUUAUCUUCAUUAUCGCUUCCGGUUUAUCGCAACAUCACAGGGAAGCUUCGCGGAGAUUGGACUAAACAUGCGGUGCCUCAUGGGCCACUCUUAAACACGACUGCCUUGAUGCAAGAGAAUGACUUCAUAACCCAAGAAUUCGGUCUCAAUAUCACAGGAGAAACUGGACGAGUAUAUGUUGAUUUUGUAAGUGGCGAUGAACAAAAGGUCGAACAGUAUGGGACGUCGGUGCGGCAAAUCCGCGCAGAUCUGGCAUUCGAAAGCGAUGCUGCAUGGGGCAGCACCUGGUAUAUGUCGACGUUUGGGUUGCAUUUUCCGGAUCAAGGCGCAAUCAUAUUAACGACUACGAGCGAGAAAUAUGACGGACUUUUGGCACUGCCCCAUUUGACACUUUCGCAUGAUACAUUUAAUAUCUCUCGCGAGGCAAUGGUGCAGAUACUUUCAGAUAAUAUUUCCAGGAAGCGCAGAUAUGAAUCGACUUUCUUCCCAUGGUCCUCUCUUCCUAGAGGAGUCCAUCCUAUGGCAUUCGCAACCCCAAAGUGCGAGUACAUUCUCUACAUACAACAACGUCCAGUCAACAUUGGCGGAAAAGCCCCGAAUCGUACGUUAUUAGAUAAAAUCGAGCAGGAACUUAGGUUCCCGGCGGGAAUACCGAUUCCCCCUCCUCCUAUGAUAGAAAUGUCCUUUGUUGUGUUCUCUCCGGACUGUGGGAUACUUCUGGAGUCGAAAGGUGCACCUGACUUCCCUCCUUCCGAGGGCCUCUACGUCGUCGGGCCGAAACAAGAGGAGUACCGAAAGUUUGCUUCGCGGACGAUAUACUCACUGGGUGCAAUCAUGACAGGGCAGUUGUACUUACUAAUGCGACAGAUAAAAGAGGCCUCUACACCGUCCACUAGAAGUCGCAUCAGUUUCUACUCCAUUGCGCUGAUGUCAUUGGGAGAUGCAAUGGUCAUGACUAUGACAUUAUUAGCUUUGUUCGAGGAUACCUCUUUUAUCGAGAUAUCAGCGACGGCUUUCCUCGUAUUUCUUUCAGUCUGUUACAUAGGCAUGAGAUUCAUGAUGGAAGUAUGGGCAGUCCAGGUACCCGAGCGACGGAAUCAGGACCGUCACACAGAAACGAAUAACAAUCAGGAUAGUCUACCACCUCCUGUUACUGCAGCUGCAGCAGUCAGUUCUGGUGCAACUCCGGUCGUCCUACCUCCAGAUCAAACAAGACCCAAUGCGGCCACACCUGCUCCCACGACUACACCUGGAGCUACACAACCCAACAAUACCAUGCCUUCACAAUCAGAGAUAGGAGCAGACGUUGGGACCAUGUACGCACGGUUUUACUUCGUUCUAGGCUGCGUGAGCAUCGUUACACUAUGGUCGUUUCUCUUCCCGAGUAAAAUCGGGGCCAUAUAUGCAAAGAUCAUCAGUUUUGUUUACCUAUCGUUUUGGAUACCACAAAUUUACCGCAAUAUUAUGCGGAACUGUCGCAAAGCACUAACAUGGGAGUUCGUCAUCGGCGAAAGCAUCCUACGCCUCGUCCCUUUUGUGUACUUUCUCACUGCACGAGGAAAUGUCCUAUUCGUUCGCCCCGACACUACAACGGCAUUGGCGAUGGCUGGCUGGGUCUGGGUCCAAGCUUGGAUCCUUGCCAGUCAAGAUAUUUUAGGCCCCCGAUUCUUCGUUCCCAAUGGCUGGGCUCCUCCAGCCUAUGAUUAUCACCCUGUCAUACAUGACACCUCCAGAAGUGGAACCGGCGACGACCUGGAAUCUGGCACUACUCUACCUAUCGGCUACCUUCGCGCCGAAGAAAGAGAUACCACUACACCAAGCACUACAGCUGGAAGCAGUCGCGGUCAGGCAGACAAGCCACCACGACCCAAGGAUAAAAAGAAGAAAAUAUUUGAUUGUGCUAUAUGCAUGCAAGACAUCGAAGUCCCUGUUAUUGUAUCUCCAAAUGGCAUUGGAGCAUCUAGCAUGACUGAUGGUGCAAGUAGUAUCUUGAGCCGAAGGGCAUAUAUGCACAUGUUUGGAAAGUUGGAUGAGGUUAAGGUUGCAGUGUCCGAUUUGCCGUGA